CGCCCUCGCCGGCCGCCGCGCGACUCCACGCCUCGGGCCCCGGGUCCCUCCAGACGCCCGCGCUCCCGGCGGACUGUGCUCUUCCCCCUCCGCCCGCGGUUCCCGGCCCCGUCGCUUCCCCCGGUUGCGGAGGAAGGGGGGCAUUGAUCUUCGAUCGCGAAGAUGGCUGCUGGCUGCCUGCUGGCCUUGACUCUGACACUUUUCCAAUCUUUGCUGAUCGGCCCCUCGUCGGAGGAGCCGUUCCCUUCGGCCGUCACUAUCAAGUCAUGGGUGGAUAAGAUGCAAGAAGACCUUGUCACACUGGCAAAAACAGCAAGUGGAGUCAAUCAGCUUGUUGAUAUUUAUGAGAAAUACCAAGAUUUGUAUACUGUGGAACCGAAUAAUGCACGCCAGCUGGUGGAAAUUGCAGCCAGGGAUAUUGAGAAACUUCUAAGCAACAGAUCUAAAGCCCUGGUGCGCCUGGCUUUGGAAGCGGAGAAAGUUCAAGCAGCCCACCAGUGGAGGGAGGAUUUUGCAAGCAAUGAAGUUGUCUACUACAAUGCAAAGGAUGAUCUUGAUCCUGAGAAAAAUGACAGCGAGCCAGGCAGCCAGAGAAUAAAGCCUAUUUUUAUUGAUGAUGCUAAUUUUGGACGACAAAUAUCCUAUCAGCAUGCAGCGGUCCACAUUCCCACCGACAUCUAUGAGGGCUCAACAAUUGUGUUAAACGAACUAAACUGGACAAGUGCCUUAGACGAAGUUUUCAAAAAAAAUCGGGAGGAAGACCCUUCAUUGUUGUGGCAGGUGUUUGGCAGUGCCACCGGCCUUGCCCGAUAUUAUCCAGCUUCUCCAUGGGUUGAUAAUAGUAGAACUCCAAACAAGAUUGACCUUUACGAUGUACGCAGAAGACCGUGGUACAUUCAAGGUGCUGCAUCUCCUAAAGACAUGCUUAUUCUCGUUGAUGUGAGUGGAAGUGUCAGUGGAUUGACGCUUAAACUGAUCCGAACAUCCGUCUCAGAAAUGUUAGAAACCCUCUCAGAUGAUGAUUUUGUGAAUGUAGCUUCAUUUAACAGCAAUGCUCAGGAUGUAAGCUGUUUUCAGCACCUUGUCCAAGCAAAUGUAAGAAAUAAGAAAGUGUUGAAAGAUGCAGUGAAUAAUAUCACAGCAAAAGGAAUCACAGAUUAUAAGAAGGGCUUUAGUUUUGCCUUUGAACAGCUGCUUAAUUAUAAUGUUUCCAGAGCCAACUGCAAUAAGAUUAUCAUGUUGUUCACGGACGGAGGAGAGGAGAGAGCCCAGGAGAUAUUUGCCAAAUACAAUAAAGACAAAAAAGUACGUGUAUUCACAUUUUCAGUUGGUCAACAUAAUUAUGAUAGAGGACCUAUUCAGUGGAUGGCCUGUGAAAAUAAAGGUUAUUAUUAUGAAAUUCCAUCUAUUGGUGCAAUAAGAAUCAAUACUCAGGAAUAUUUGGAUGUUCUGGGAAGACCAAUGGUUUUAGCAGGAGACAAAGCUAAGCAAGUCCAAUGGACAAAUGUGUACCUGGACGCACUGGAAUUGGGACUUGUCAUUACUGGAACUCUUCCGGUCUUCAACAUAACUGGCCAAUUUGAAAAUAAGACAAACUUAAAGAACCAGCUGAUUCUUGGUGUGAUGGGAGUCGAUGUGUCUUUGGAAGAUAUUAAAAGACUGACACCACGUUUUACACUGUGCCCCAAUGGCUAUUAUUUUGCAAUCGAUCCUAAUGGUUAUGUUUUAUUACAUCCAAAUCUUCAGCCAAAGAACCCCAAAUCUCAGGAGCCAGUAACAUUGGAUUUCCUUGAUGCAGAGUUAGAGAAUGAUAUUAAAGUGGAGAUUCGUAAUAAAAUGAUAGAUGGAGAAAGUGGAGAAAAAACAUUCAGAACUCUAGUUAAAUCUCAGGAUGAGAGAUAUAUUGACAAAGGAAACAGGACAUACACAUGGACUCCUGUCAAUGGCACAGAUUACAGUUUGGCCUUGGUAUUACCAACCUACAGUUUUUACUAUAUAAAAGCCAAAAUAGAAGAGACAAUAACUCAGGCCAGAUCAAAAAGGGGCAAAAUGAAGGAUUCAGAAACUCUGAAGCCGGAUAAUUUUGAAGAAUCUGGCUAUACCUUCAUAGCACCAAGAGAUUACUGCAAUGACCUUAAGAUAUCGGAUAACAACACUGAAUUUCUUUUAAAUUUCAAUGAGUUUAUUGAUAGAAAAACACCGAACAACCCAUCAUGUAAUACGGAUUUAAUUAACAGAGUCUUGCUGGAUGCAGGCUUUACAAAUGAACUUGUCCAAAAUUACUGGAGUAAGCAGAAAAACAUCAAGGGAGUGAAAGCACGGUUCGUUGUGACUGAUGGUGGGAUUACCAGAGUUUAUCCCAAAGAGGCUGGAGAAAAUUGGCAAGAAAACCCAGAGACAUAUGAGGACAGCUUCUAUAAAAGAAGCCUAGAUAAUGAUAACUAUGUGUUCACUGCUCCCUACUUCAACAAAAGUGGCCCUGGUGCCUAUGAAUCAGGCAUUAUGGUUAGCAAAGCUGUAGAAAUAUAUAUCCAAGGAAAACUUCUUAAACCUGCAGUUGUUGGAAUUAAAAUUGAUGUAAAUUCCUGGAUAGAGAAUUUCACCAAAACCUCAAUCAGAGAUCCGUGUGCUGGUCCAGUUUGUGACUGCAAAAGAAACAGUGAUGUAAUGGAUUGUGUGAUUCUAGAUGAUGGUGGAUUUCUUUUGAUGGCAAAUCAUGAUGAUUAUACUAAUCAGAUUGGAAGAUUUUUUGGAGAGAUUGAUCCAAGCUUGAUGAGACACCUGGUUAAUAUAUCAGUAUAUGCUUUUAACAAAUCUUAUGAUUAUCAGUCAGUGUGUGAGCCCGGAUCUGCACCAAAACAAGGAGCAGGACACCGCUCAGCAUAUGUGCCAUCAAUAGCAGACAUAUUACAGAUUGGAUGGUGGGCCACUGCUGCUGCCUGGUCUAUUCUACAGCAGUUUCUCUUGAGUUUGACCUUUCCACAAAUCCUUGAGGCAGUUGAGAUGGAGGAUGAUGACUUUACAGCCUCCCUGUCAAAGCAGAGCUGCAUUACUGAACAAACCCAGUACUUCUUCGAUAAUGAUAGUAAAUCAUUCAGUGGUGUAUUAGACUGUGGAAACUGUUCCAGAAUCUUUCAUGUAGAAAAGCUUAUGAACACCAAUUUAAUAUUCAUAAUGGUGGAGAGCAAAGGGACAUGUCCCUGUGACACACGACUGCUUAUUCAAGCGGAGCAGACUUCCGAUGGUCCGGAUCCUUGUGAUAUGGUUAAACAACCCAGAUACCGGAAAGGGCCUGAUGUCUGCUUUGAUAACAAUGUCAUGGAGGAUUAUACCGACUGUGGUGGUGUUUCUGGAUUAAAUCCCUCCUUGUGGUCUAUCAUUGGAAUCCAGUUUGUACUACUUUGGCUGGUAUCUGGCAAACACUGCCUGUUAUGACCAUCUAAAACCAAAUCUUCAUAACUUAAACUCCAGACCCUGCCAAAACAUGAGCCCUGAACUACAUUAAAACAGGGUUGCCUGUGGAAUCAGCAGAACAUUAUGGGCCUACACCAUGGCAUAACACCUAAAGCGCAGACUUAUAAGGCACCCACUGGCUGCAUGUCAGGGUGUCAGAUCCUUAAACUUGUGUAAAUGCUGCAUCAUCUAUGUAUAACAUCAAAGCAAAAUUCUAUAUGUGCUCUAUUGGAAAAUAUGGGAGUUUGUUGUUGCAUUGUUGGUGAAUACAUGUUAAUGGGCUCCCCAUACAAUUGUUUAUGAUUCAUAAGAAAUGUCUUGAUUUUGACAUGGAAUUUUGACUUGCUGCAAUUUUACCAAGAAACUCUUUAGAGAAAAGAAAAGUUAUCUUUGCCUUCACGUAGUCUUCUGUUAAAAGUUAGCUCCUGCUUUGAGUAGUGAUUGAAAAUAUAGAGAGAGUGCACGUGAGAGAGUUAACAUUGGUCUAAAUUGUUGAAAUAAAUAAUGGCUAAUUUUCCUCAAAAAUUUGCCAUGAAUAAGAUGCCUUAUGAAGAAUGGCUUCUCUGCCAAAAAUAUAACACAAUUGAUGACCAAUUCAAUUUUGGUGGGGUAAUGAAAUGGUUUGAAAAUAACUAAGAAAUGUAUUAAAUUAAAGGUGCUUGAGGGUAAAAUUUGAAUAUAUGAUAUAUUUCCUCAUAAAUGUAAGCCCUUAAUAAAUGCUUUGACGUAAUGUUUUUUUUUGUUCACAGUACAGUUAUGUAGUGCUAGCGAGAUAUUUUUAAAUGCUCUAAGAAAAGCUUGUUGGGGGGAAGGGGAAAAUGUUUUUCUUGUGAUAAAUGAACUUUGGUUACCAAGGGUAUUUUGCAUGAUGCUGCUGCUAUUUUAACUUUUCACUUUGUUUUUCUCUUAUUGUAGAAUGUAGUCCAUUGAAAAGCUAACUGAGUGACAUUAUUGUUAUGUAAGAAUCUGAACCUUGCAGUGUAAAUGCACUUAAGUCAUCUUUAAAAAUGUUAAACUACUCUGAAUAUACUGUGCAAUGUGAAUCUGAAUGACUGAGCUAGGUAAAUGGUGAAAUAAGAAUUAAUGGAUUUUAUAGAGAUUCGUGCUUUUGCCUGAAAACCUAUGUACAGAUAUUUUAAGUACAUAAAUCAGAUUUGACACAUUUAUUUUUUGAAAAGUACAUAUAUGUUCUCAAUGAAGAUUCAUCCUAGGUUUCCUCUUUGUUUGUUUCAAUAGUAGCACAUACAAUCCAAACAUUUCUGCUAUUGCUGCUUUUGUCCCUCCAUCUUAAAUGGCAUGAUCAUUUGAUCAAAAUUUCCAUGCAAUUUGAUGAGGGUUUUACAAUAAUCUGAACAAAUAGGAAACCUUGAAUCUAUAUGUAUGCACAUGAAUACUUGAUUGUGAAUAAAAAUUGUUUUUAUACAGCCUCAUUGGUGAAAUGGUUAGUGUAGUAAAUCAGAUAUUUCAUUAUAGAUUAAUAUGAUAGCAGAAUAUUAUUUAUGCUUUUAAAAAUUAUUUUCAGGAGUAAACAGUAUUUGAAGAAAGGGUAAAAACAAUGAAUGUGUAACUUUAGGGACAGUGAAUAAUUUUACUGAACCUGAGAGGAUGCAGAUAUUUUUUAUGGGAAAACGCAUUAUUUCCUUUUUUGAACAUGCCAAAUAUUGGUGGGUGUACAGCUGGAAAUUUUCUUAAAUAUCAUUUUAAGUCAAAGUUAUUAAGAUUAUCCAGCAUGCUUUAGUAUGCUCCAUAAAUAAAAGAUAUAACCAAUUCUUUAACCUAGUUUAAAAGAUAUAUUUGUUUUGUUUUUAGCUUUGCUUACAUUUGUAAUUUUCUCCCACCACAAAUAUACCCUAUGUACCAUUUGUGUACAUUUUCUUAUUUAAGAUAUUUUUUAUUUAAAAUAGGGGGAAGGGAAAAAUGGGAUAACUUUGCCAACUAUUGUUCUAACAGUUGACAUCAGUUACCAUUUCUAAUGCAUUGUUGUAAUUUUGUAGUCUCAUUCAUAACUGGUAUAGAUAUUUUAGAAAACACCAAAGUGAUUUAAAACAAUAUGGAACUUCUCAUUCUAGUAACAAUAUGUUUAAGUCAUGUUGUUUGUUAAUUAAAUAUUCAAAUCUUAUUGUUAACUUUUGCUAGACUAUUUUAAAUUAUGAAAGUGUUGGGAAGGGCAUAUCAAAAUAUAGAAUUGUUUGUGUAUAUAAACGAUGCACAUUGAAACAAUUAAAUUGCUUCCAGCCUACAACAAACUACCUUAAAAUUAUGUUAAAAGUCUGGUAUAUUUUCAUGGCUAAUGUUGUAUAGUAUGUUUUCAUCAGCUACAUUAUUGUUGUAUUAACCACAGUUAAACCUGGCAUCUCUUGGCAGGGUCCUAUUUGAUUUCUAAUGACAUCAAAAUAUAUUUACAUGCAUUAGUUUUGCUAUCAGACUUUAUUUUCUGUUUUAAAAUAAAGUUAUAUUAUGACAACCACAUACAUGGUAAUAAAUUGGGUAAGAACAUGCUCUCUGACUAAAAAUUGUCCUCAUGACUAGUCUUUAUGAUUUUAGCCUAUUUUUUUUAAAAGACACUAACACUCAUCCCAUCAAACUGUUACAUUAAAUUCACUAUUUUUCUAUGGGUUCUAGCUGUUGAUAAGAAUUUAAAUUAUAGCCUGUUAUUAAUUUGAUAUCCAAAGACUGAACAGUAUAAGAGAUCAGUAAAAAAGCUUCUAAACUUUUUACUUACUUAUUUUUUGCUAGACUGAUAUGGCUUACUGUAGUUUGUCACUAAAACAAAGUCAAAAUGUCUUGCAUUGGUGUUGAGUAACAGGAAAAAAUUGUGCAUUAAUGGUUUCUUUAUAUUUUUUUCAUUUUAACAACCAGCAUUACUGCCAAACACCAAUCGUGGUCCAUAUUUGUAACAGGUUUUUAACAUGACAUAGUUAGCAAGUUUGAUUGAAGAGAUUUUUAGGUCCUGGGCCUAUAAGAUUUUAGUAUGAUCUUUUUUCAUGUUUCUAAUGCUUGAAGCAUUAUUGCUUAACUUGGAAAAAAACAAAAUAAUGUUGCUGCCAUUUGUAAUUUUUCCUAUAAUAUUUGUUUUAUUAACUUUAAAACUGGCCUUAUGGGGUUCAAUUAGGCAGUAUCCCUUUUAAGUGACCUUUGCAAUCCAAGUGUUAACUUGCUUAUUUGAUGCUCUCCUGUAUUUUACAUCUCAUUUAAAUCUUUGUCUUGUCCCCAGAGCUUAUGUUCUAUGUCUUAAUUUAAAUCUCUUAAGCUAUUCCAUUGAUAAUGUUAGUUGACAUUCAAAUAUCUAAAAGCAUAUAGAGUCCGAAUUGUGAGACAAAAUGGAUGCCCUGACUUUUUUUUUUUUUUUUUUUUUUUUUAAGUGUAGAAUAGGAUGACUUUUUCACUUGCUCACAGUUUCAAAUAUUUUAUUAUCUGGAACUUGUUUCCUAUAGAAUGUUAAUAUUGUUAAUAUUCACUAUGCAUUUUCUGUAAAGAGCAAAUCAAUAAAACAGAAAUAUCAUAUUGAAAAACUUCCAGAAUUUCAAAGAAUUGGACAACCCUUAUCAAUAGUUUCAUCUUCCUUAUUUCUAGUUCACAUAAUUAUCUCAAAGAAAUUCCACCGAGACUAAUGGGAUACUGUCUUAGAUGCCAGUAGAGUUUCCAAUGUGACCUGGCAAAGCCGUCUUCUUUUGUUGUACUGUAUGAUUGUUGGGUCAUGCUUUUAGGGACACUUUUAUUGAAAUGCUCAGUGUGUAUCCAUGUAAAAGACCAAGUGGCUUUUGUGAACAAUAGAUCUUUCCUCCCCUUUUAUUAUGUUCUCUUGACACUUUUGUGGAAAUUAACUAGCCUGACAAAAACAUUUUGUAAAAAUUUGUAUAAUACUGUUAUAAAAAUAUUUAUAAUCCCAGAAAAUGUUGUGUUAAAUCUUGUGCAAAAACAGUAUAUUCAGAAUAAAAGUUUAUCAUUUAAAGUCA